GUUAACCUCGCUUCGUUCCUCCUCUGCCUAGUCAUUCUGCUUACUAGAUACCCUACGGAAUGGGUGUCCCCUCUUCUUCUUCUGUUUUUAUUGAUUUUUACUCAAUUUUGAAAUGUAUUUUGUACAUUUUGUACAAAAAGAUGCUCGGCAAUGUAUGGAGGACGAACACAACCGGACAACUUUAUGUCGCAAUGUCACCGUGAAAAAGGAAAUUUUUGAAUUUUGGAAUGGGAUUGAAUUCCACUUGGGGUAAAUUCGCCAUUUUUGGUAAAAUUUUGAGUGAUAUGAACAGUGAUCUACUGCGAUACAGACAGCAUCGUCUAUUGAUUGAAUUCAACACUUAGCAAGCCACUUUCUCAACAAUACGGCUAGCCAUAUAAAGACCAAGCUCCUCGGUCUUGACGAAAUCCCAAAAACCCUAGAUGAGGUUGUAAAACGGGCUGAAAAGAUCCAAAGAAUCGCGGAUAUGAGGAAAAAAGAAAAAGAUGACGAGGAAGACACCAGCAAACUUGUUGCCGGAAUCAACAGACUGAUGGACGAUGACAAGAAAAACGUCCCAACAACGAGAGCCAUGCCAUCAGCACCAACACCUCACCCAUCAUCAGCUCCAUCAACACCACCACCGCCACUAAAUAAGAAAUAAUCUUUUUUUUAUUUUAUUAUUAUCAGUUCGUUUAAUUUUUAUUGAUUUUUUAGUAAUCACCCCGGUUUUUUUAUUGUUUAGCACACCCACUCCCUACUUCCUUUUGUAAUUUUGGACCCCAACCCAACCAUCGCUUGUAUUUUUUUAAAAUUUUUUUUUCUCUGACUGGUUAGAGGCAGGAGCCUCUACUUCCACAGGAGGGGGGAUGCCAGAGGGUGAGAUUCAUUUAUUUUCAUUCAUCUCUCUUAGAUAAACAUAUUUUCUCAGUAUCCCUCUCUUCAUAUUCAGGAAAAGGUGCGAGACCAUAGAGGACAAACGGUCUCGUUGGACGGGUCGGAACCACCCGUCCACAAUAUGGUGUACUGCGAUACCGACUCGAUAAUCUUUUAUCGGAUUUCCAUAUAUUGCAUAUAUCAUAUACUGCGAUACGGAUUCCAGAAUAAAAAAAAGGAAGAUGAUUUACUGUGACACCGAUUCCAUCAUUUAUUCAAGAAAGGCAUAUAAAUCUUUGAAUAAAUACAUCUGAAACAGGGAACAGCUAUUCACUUCGACCUGUUCCGAACGGAACAGGAGACGAAGCAGGCGAAUAAAGAGAGGCACAAAAGACAAUCAGCACGAGAGAAACAGAUCUUCAUCAAACAGAAACAGAAACUUCAUCACAAUAUUGAACUAUCGUACGAUAAAUUGAAUUAAAUAAAAUUUAAAAGACUUCAAA